GCCCCCACCGCCCACGGCGAUUCCCACGCCCACACACAUCCCACCGUCUCCGCAGGCAAUCCAGCACAGCACGCCCAGCCCACAGUUCCGUCCCCUCCCAUCCCCUCCUCAAACCCCCCCAUGCUCCUCCACACCUCCGCUUCCCGUCGCCGGCUCCCAAAACCCUAGCGCGCCGAUGUCGCCUCCGCCGGCGGUGGCGACGGGCGGGUCCGGGGAACCCACGGUGCCGGCGUGGCUCCGCGGCCUCCCGCGCGCCCCGGAGUACCGCCCCACGGAGUCGGAGUUCGCCGACCCCAUCGCCUUCCUCUCCCGCGUGGAGCGCGAGGCCGCCGCCUACGGCAUCUGCAAGGUCAUCCCGCCCUACCCGCGCCCCUCCCGCCGCUUCGUCUUCGCGCACCUCAACCGCUCCCUCGUCUCCUCCUCUGAAGCCGUCGCCAACCCCACCACUGCCUCCGGCUCUUCCACCACUGGUCCCUCGCUGCCGGAAUCCGCCGCUGUGUUCACGACCCGUCACCAGGAGCUUGGUACGCCGCGGCGUGGGCGCCCGCCUCCGCAGGUGCUCAAGCAGGUGUGGCAGAGCGGCGAGCAGUACACGCUCGACCAGUUCGAGGCCAAGUCCCGCGCCUUCUCCAAGAUCCACCUCGCUGGGCUUCGCGAGCCAACUCCAUUAGAGGUGGAAUCCCUCUUCUGGAAGGCCUCUGCAGACCGGCCUAUCUAUAUCGAGUAUGCGAAUGACGUUCCGGGGUCUGGCUUUGCCGCCCCAAAACAGUCCCGGCGGCACAAGAAGCGGAGACGAGAGAGCGAUCAGGUGGAGGAGGGGGAGAAAGGUUCUGGGUGGCGGCUGUCAGGAAGCCCAUGGAACCUUCAGGCGAUUGCACGGGCUCCUGGUUCGCUCACGCGAUUCAUGCCAGAUGAUGUUCCUGGGGUUACCUCGCCAAUGGUGUACAUCGGGAUGCUCUUUAGUUGGUUUGCAUGGCACGUAGAAGAUCAUGAGUUGCACAGCCUCAACUUCCUUCACACCGGUGCACCCAAGACAUGGUAUGCUGUCCCUGGGGACCGAGCCUCAGAGCUAGAGGAAGUUAUCCGUGUGCAUGGAUAUGGAGGAAACCCUGACCGCCUUGCAUCACUGGCAGUGCUUGGGGAGAAGACAACAUUGAUGUCCCCAGAUGUUCUUGUAGCCCGUGGUGUGCCCUGCUGUAGAUUAGUACAAUAUCCUGGAGAGUUUGUGGUGACAUUCCCAAGGGCCUACCACAUUGGGUUUAGUCAUGGAUUUAAUUGUGGUGAAGCUGCCAACUUUGCAACUCCGCAGUGGUUAAAAUUUGCUAAAGAGGCUGCUGUACGAAGGGCUGUGAUGAAUUAUCUUCCGAUGCUCUCUCAUCAGCAGCUUCUGUACUUGCUAGCAGUUUCUUUCAUAACCAGAACCCCGAAUGUAUUGUCUGGAAUUCGAACUUCUCGCUUGAGAGAUCGAAGAAAAGAAGAAAGAGAACUGCUGGUGAAGCAAGAAUUCUUGCAGGACAUGAUUAGCGAAAACAAGCUUUUGUGUUCUUUCCUCGAAAAGAAAUCAAUUGGUCAUGUUGUGCUCUGGGAGCCUGAUUUGUUACCAUCUUCGACUUCUAUACAUUCCUGUUUUUCUGGCUCAAAAGCUCCUGAGAAGAAGUCUGAGGAUGGUUGCAGAAUUGAAUCUAGUGACCGUGGCCCCAAAGAUAACAGCUCUGAUGGCAGAACACAUAUGAUAGGCGCACAAACCAAAUUUAUUUCUGGGAAUAGCAAAUCAUCUGACACAUCUGCUUCUGUGGACAAGGCCAAUGCUGAUACAGAUGAUGAGGAUAACCUACCUUUUGAUUUGAGCAUUGAUUCUGGUUCAUUGACCUGUGUUGCUUGUGGAAUUCUUGGCUAUCCAUUCAUGACAAUUCUGCAGCCUACCAGAGAAGCAUUGGAAGGGAUUUCCCUUGCUCGUAUGAGUAGAUACAAGAUGAGUUCUGAAAAAGAUAAUUGUUCAAAUACAAUUCCAUGCUAUCCUGCUGACAGUAAUUUUGGAUGUUCAUUUGUUCCCACUACACCUUCCUGGCCUGCGGAACAGCAAUGUCUGGCUACUCCUUUGGGGCAGGCUAACAUCAGUCAUCAGAAUGUAAAUUCACAUGAAGAUGUUUGUUUAAGGGAGAAUGAACCUAAUGGGCCUGUGCUACAACAUAAUGUCAUUUCACAUUCUUGCAGAAGUGAAAAUACUCUUCAUUCAUGUAGUGAAAGGGACAAGUCUGAGAAUAAGAUUCCUGAGAACAGUCUUGGCCCAGAAGUAAGUGAACAAGCAGGCAAAUAUGACGGUGAUGCGCAAACUGCAGAAAGUUCUGAUGGCACUAUUAACUGGAAUGCAAGUUGUACAUUUGCACGGCCCCGGAUCUUUUGCCUGCAGCAUGCUCUUGAGAUUGAGAAGUUACUUGAGGGCAAAGGGGGUGUCCAUGCUCUCAUUAUUUGCCACUCAGAUUUUGUCAAACUAAAAGCGCUCGCAAUAUCAAUAGCAGAGGAAAUUGAGUUUCAAUUUGAUUGUACAGACAUUCCACUUGCAAAUGCAUCCAAGUCUGAUUUACAUCUAAUCAACAUUUCAAUUGAUGACGAGGGCCAUGAGGAAGAUGGAAGAGACUGGACGUCACAGAUGGGUCUAAACCUGAAAUAUUCUGCCAAACUCAGGAAAGAGAAAUCAGAAAAUCAAGAACAAUCUCCUUUGUCAUUUGGGGGACUGUUUUCCUGCCCUUCGCCUGUUUCGGUUGUUCCUAAUCUUAAGUGGCUUUGCAAAAGAGCGCGAACUCCAUACACAGUUAUUGGUAUUGUUAGGAGUUCUAGUGCAACAGAAACUCCUGUGGAACUUAAGCCUGGAGUGGAGACAGGGAUGGUCACUAAUGGAAAUGUCUGCGAGGAUGACAGUAGACAGCAUACUUUUCGACAAAGUGGCCUUGAGCAACCAGGUGAACUGCAAGAUUGUGAUAAGCCUUCAUGCUCCGAGGAGAAUGACCAUGGAAGACAUUGUCUUGUUAAUAUUCCUAUUGCUGUUGCUGAAUAUCCUAUGAUGCAUCAAGUCCGUGAGGGUCCAGUUAAUGUUAGCACGUGCAAUGACUCCAUUUGUUCAUCAGGUUCCCUGGAUUCGCCUCCACUUGCCUCGCCAGUUGAAGUAACUAGAUAUCAAGGAUGUAUACAGUCAACUGAGUUGAGCAGUUCACCAGCCUUUUCUGUUCGACAUUUCCUUAAUGAUGAAAGUACCUCUGUGGAAGUAAGCAUAAACUGUGUGAGAAAUGGCUGCUUAGAAUCUCAGGGUGUUACUUUAGGGAGCAGAGAUGAAUGUAUGCAAGUUCAACAAGAUCAAGAGAAGAUGGGGCUUUGCAAUAAUCCCAUUAUGACGUCAGUUGAUUCAGACCUGAUAGAAGGUUUGGCUGUAUCAGAAGGAAAGUGUGUGGACACCGUGUCAGCAUCCCUUGAAAACGAGGAGCGUGCUAAGAUAUCCUACUGUUCUAAUACUGAAACAAAAACUAGUAAAUCUGCAAUAGAUAACCAAGUGGAGAUUCAUCAUCUUGGUACUGGUCCAGUGAAACUAAAUUCGAGCUUUAAUGAGAUGUCAGUUCCAACUGAUUUGAUGAGUGACGAGCCUCAGGUUGGCAGCCAUUCUGCUGUCAAGGCCAUUGAGCACCAGAGCAAUAAUUCUGCCAACUUAAAGCACGAAUCUCCGCAUAUAGGUUUCCACAUGUUAGAGGACACCCAAGUUGCUUCCAUGGCUGCAGUCCCUCGACAUGAGGGAAAAUCUGUCGACUCUGGAUCAAACACUUUUGAUAUUUUACUUGGAGCUCUAGCUGAAGAGUCCAAGGCAACAGAUGCUCCUGGUAAAGAUGAGGUUGGCAAAGCUUCCUUGACAUUAAUGACACUGGCUAGCAAUGAGCCCUCUGUUACAGAUGUUAGAGCUGUAGAGGUGGUGGAAACAGACACAAUUUUGGGAUCAGCAAAAGAUGAUAAACAAGUUGAUUUGUCAGAUGUUGUGUCUAGAUGCAUUGGGAGCUCAAAUAGAACAGAUAUCAUAUGCUAUGCCAGACGCAAACACAAAAGGAAGAGGGAUUCUCAGUCAAAUACUGGUAGUUCACAAAGUCAUUCGAGUUUCAUCCGCUCUCCAUGUGAGAGCUUGAGGCCAAGGACUAAACCUGCGGUAGUCGAAGAGUCGGAAUGGAGCAGGACAUCUGAAGCUUCUUCUGCUAAAAGGGGUAAGAGGACAAAAACAGUGGGAUCAUUUCAGUGUGAUAUUGAUCUGUGUGGUAUGACAUUUGAGACUAGGGCUGAACUUAAUGCCCACAAGCGCAAUAUUUGCACUGACGAGUCAUGUGGCAAGCGUUUCAGCUCACACAAAUACUUGAAGCGUCAUCAGUGUGUCCACAGUGAGAUGAGGCCAUUUAAAUGCCCCUGGGAAGGAUGUAAAAUGACUUUCAAGUGGCUAUGGGCUCAGACUGAACAUAUCAGGGUGCACACGGGAGAGCGGCCAUAUAAGUGCUCAGCCCCUGACUGUGGGCAGACAUUCAGAUACGUCUCGGAUUACAGCCGCCACAGAAAGAAAUUUAACCAUUAUUGACAGGGUCUAGUUUUCGAGUUCCUGGCCGCAGCUUGAGGCAAAUCUCCAGCUGCUUGUGUUGGUGGGCCUUGUUUGUUGUAGUAGCUCACAUAUUUAACAACCUGACAGCUGAUAGGCCUAGUGAAUGUUCCCCGUUAACAAUGUGCUAAUAAUUUAGUGUAGGAGUUAGAAUUUGUUGGGGGUGAAAGGCAACCCCUCCUGUUGUAGAUUUGCAUAAGCUGAUCACCUCACCUCACUGACACAUGGCCAUUCAUUAUUUGUUUCUCAGCUCAGUGAUGUAUUUAAUCUCUGACAAACUUCAUGAACACUGAAAUCAUAUGCUCGAUUUCAAAAUGGUCUCGGAUCGGUCGUGCGCA